GUUGUCGUGCUAAUCGUUGUGUACAGUACGAGUGUUGCGCAGCGCUUUUUUCUUUCUACUGUUCUGUAUAAAAAUAUAUAAAUAUACCUUCUUGCAAUGCCACCGAAAAGAAAGGCCGCGGCCAAGCUUUCGAAUCUAACAGAGUCCGACAAUGAGGACGCGACGCAGGCCCAGGAACCACGCGACGAUGAGCGCCCUACGAAGAAGCAGAGAGGGCGGCCUCGCUCGAAGUCGGCAGAGCUCAAACCAUCAAUCCAGUCAAAAAAUGAUACCACAGCUGCGCCAUCCAAAGCGCCGGAGGCUGCACCUAAAAGGGGCACAAGAAGGGGGAGACCAAAGGGUAGCAGAGGCUCACUGCAAUCUGUUAACCAAGAGUUAGAAGAGCAGAAGGAACCAGAGGAAGGGGAGGAAGUCGCUGGUCCUCAUGUUCCGGAAAGCGCGCCUGCAUCUAACGAUGAGCUGGUCGCAUCGCAACCUGCUACUAGGUCGACUAGGUCUGCAAAAUCUGCCAAGCCUACAACCACCCGCGGACGACGCAAGGCAACUGCUGAGAAGCAAGUCAAAACAGAUGGCGAAUUUCAAUAUACCCCGAGGAGUACGCGACAAUAUAAGUCACCGGUAAAGGGCAAUGAUGAGGCUGAACAAUCCACCAAAAAACGGCGGAAAGCUGAUCCUCAGUUUGAGCCGGAAGAGGAGGUGUCAGAAGGUGAAAAAGCCGCGCCCGGUGUCGUUGAGGAGACCUUUCUGCAGGAGGAACCUGUGGAAUCUCGCCCUAUCUCCAUGUCACCAGCUAAGCGUCGACAAUCUACUCAACGUCCUCUGCAAAGUUCGCCACAGAAACCUAACGCGGAGCCGGAGUUAAGGCGCAAGAUCGGAGAACUCACUAAAAAGUACGAUACUUUGGAGAGUCGCUACCGAACCCUCAAAGAGAUAGGCGUGGUAGAAGCAAAUGCCAAUAUGGAAAAAUUACGGAAACAAUGCGAAGCAAUGACGAAUGGUUUGUGGAUCCCUGCUUCCCCGGCGUAAUAAGUAAUAUGCUCACUUUCCUAGCUUCGAACAACUUGGUUGCUGGCCUGAAGGCAGAACUGGAGGCGCAAAAAGCACUUGGUCAGCAGAGCCGGACACUACAAAAACAAUUACAGGAGCGAGAUGCAGAAAUUGCUCAAAUGAAAUCGCAAGUUCAAGACGCCACCAGUCAGCUCUCUUCAGCUCAAACCGAGGUCAAAGCUUUACAGACGAAG